UCCAUUUAAAUGCCCCGAGUUUGUUUUCAGGAACUUCAGUAGCUGGCUGCAGGUAGGGCUAACUCCAUAACACUAACAUUGUCUAACUUUAGUUAAGUUGCUAAAUUAGUAAGUAAAUUUAGAGGAGCAACGUCUACAAAUCUCCAACAUCGCGAUUAUUGAAACAAACAGUGAAACGGAAGCUAAAAGGGUGCAUCUCCAGACAUUUUGGUUAAUUUAAACUGAAGCAUGGGAUCCAGCGAGAGCAAGGUGGCAACGGUGUCAACACCUAAGCCAGACCCACAGCUUCGCAUUAAAAACCAACGUUUGGCCGAGCUUGCUGACCCCCGCUCACCAACAACAGGCAUUGACCGAACCCCAAUUCAGACUGGUGCAGUUUCCAAAGCUCCGGCGGAACCUACUGCAUCUGCAGUGAGCACGGACCCCCGUUCACCAACACAUGGCAUCUCACGCACUCCGCUGAAGGAUAGCAUGAGCGUGACGGUCAGUUCCUUUGCUCGUCGCCUGGGCAUGCUUUUUAUGAACGAAUCCACCGUGGAGGAAGAUCCCGGUCUUCCUCGUGUCACAUUCACUAAACGUGUCGACCUGCCUGUGGAAGAAGUGGGCAGCACGGAGCCGCUUCUCACCCCUCACCCAUCCAUGGACCGCUGCGGGAAUGAUGUCACCACUGUUGCCGACGUGUACACCCCCUCUCAGGGCUACGGCUCUCUGGUCGGCAGCCCGUUUGUGUUGAUCGGGGAGGAGACGGAGGUGCGUGCCGAACUCUCCCUAGAGGAGGCGGAGGAUGCGUUGGUGGUCGAGGACUCCUGUCCUCUGAAGAGGGAGCUCAGCCUGAGCCUGCUCACCUGCCACAAUGGCGUACACCCGUCCCAGAUAUGUGACGCGGAGGAAGAGAAUGAUGGCCACCAUCAUGUCCCGACUCUUAGUGAGAUUGCAGUUGGUGAGCAGCAGGACCAUGUGGAUCAUGCCUACGCCCUCCCGGAGGUCCGUGUUGAGCCCGCCACGCCGCUCUCCCCACCCCCAAUAGUAGAGGAGAUUGCAGUAUUGGAGACGACCGCGGAGCCGGAGGUCGCUGUGGAAGAAACCGUCCCAGAGAUGGAGAUCCCGGUGGUCGAGACCGUUGCCGAGUUGGAGAUCCCCUCGAUUGCGGCCACCCUAGUGGAGGAAACCCUUGCAGAGUUGGAGAUCCCCAUGAUCGCAGCCGCCCUAGUGGAAGAAGAGCCCGCCCCCAAAUCUGAGGCCCCUGUGAUCGAGACCGUCCCUGAGGUUGAGGCUUCUCCAGAGGCAGAGGUCUUUGAAGAGUCAUCGUCACCACCACCUCAGCCAGAGCUCACCAGGGAAUCGGAGGCCAUUCCAGAGCCACCCAGCACCCUGAAGACUAGCGAGGUGGCCACUCUACCUCUCCCAGCUGAUGCAGUCCAGCCACAGCCACAAGCUCAGGCAGCUGCUGCUCCCACUGGCAUCCGGUGCCCCACCUUUGACACCAAGAGCCCGAGCCAGGUGGUGUUCAAGCCCCAGUGGCUGGGCGUUGGCUUUGGAGCAACGGGCAUUAAGCCCAGAAGUAUGCAAGGGCGUGGUAAAGGCAGCUCCUCAUCACCGCUCGCUUCAAAGAAAUCGUCCGAGAACACAAACGCGAAGGGCUUGAGCGUGAGCAUGAAGCAGAAGCACAAAGGUAAAACGCUUGGCGGCGAGGGACGUUCUCCCCUGCAGCUUCUCCGGGAGACCAAUUCCCCUCGUGAGAAUGCCUCGCAGAUGAAGCUGAAGAUCUCCACCCCAGACAGACAGCGAAUUGGGCAGCUGGACAGACGAGCUCUCAUCCAGUCGAUGAACAAGGAGAAUCAGCGAUAGAUUGCACUACAUGGAAAUACUCAAUACAUUGUAAAUACUUCACAUAUAUGUGUUUUUAACGUACCAACAAGAUCUCACAGAAUUCUGUGGAAUGGACAGAGGCCUUUGGGACACGAAAUCGGUCAUUUUCACUGAUUUCGCCAAAGUUCCAUGCUAUGGUCACAGAAGUGCUUUCUCUAUUCACACAGCAGUUACUACAGUCUUGUGUUUUCUAAUUUCUCAAACAUUUCUUAGUGACGGGUUGGGGUUAGGGAUCGUUUUUGUCUGAGCACAACUUGUACUGCUAGUGUUCUUUCGUUCAGUACAAGAAUUUUAUAUCCCAUCAACCAAUUGGAAAAGGCAUUUCUCUAAGUGUGGUGGGAAUAUAGAAAGCACUUCAAUGAGUCCAUCACGAACACACUUGACCGUGACCAUAGCACAGAACAUUGACAAAAUCUGUGAAACUGACAGAUUUUGUGUCCCAAAGGUCUGUGUUCAUUCCACGGAAUUCUGUGAGCUCAGGAUGUACAGACAAAACCGUCCUUUUUUCCUACUUCUUUAAAACUGUCUCGUCUCUUAAACGACUCUGUGCUUUGUUUGCUAAUUUCAAUGUAAAUAAAAGCUGUCAAUUUUAAAA